AUGAGACAAAAAUCACAAACUGUUCAUGAAGGAGGAUUGAAAAAAUUAUAGACAGUAGAUUAUGAAAAAUGCAUAUAUAAUUGUUUAUUGAUAAAAUAAAAAUUUAUUGGCAGAGGUCCAAGGUACAUUUAUUUGUUUAAGAAUUAAAUUUGUAUAGGCAAGGUAUAUACUUAUUUUAUGAUUUUGAGUCUCCUUUUGUUUAGAUUCCUGAGCGAUAAUUCUAAAUCAAUUAAGAUAUGAGAAUAUAAUGGUCUUACAAGAAAAACCAAUUAAAAUCAGUAAUAUUUUAAGUAGGUGGAGAGUAAUUUGAAUAUUUUGGUACCAAUGAAUAACUUAGAGAACUAAAAUAAAAAUGUGCUCUAUAUGUAUUUUAGGUCAAAAUAUAAGAUGAAUAUCAAGCUGAGUCAAUUUUAGGGAAAGGAUCAUAUGCAACAGUUCUGGAAUUAUCAAAUUUAUAAACUUCAAAAUAGUAUGCUGCAAAAUGCAUAGAUUAACAACGUAUCAAUGAGAAAAAAAAUGGAUAUAAAUAAUUACUUUAAGAAAUAGAGACUAUGCGUAUUCUAUCAGAAAUAAAACAUUAAAAUAUUCUAUAAUUACAUGAACUUUAUAUAGGAAAUUAAAAUUACUAUUUGGUAAUGGAGUUGGCUAAAGGAGGAUCGUUACUGUCAUUGAUGAAAAAGCGUUAAACACUAUUUAGUAGAGCUGAUAUAAGAACAAUAAUGAAAUAAUUACUAGAAGGUUUAACAUUUAUUCACAGUCAUAAUAUUAUGCAUAGAGAUCUUAAACCAGAGAAUAUAUUGUUUAUGAAUAAAGAUUUAGAAUCAUUGGUCAUAGCUGAUUUUGGAUUAGCAUAAUCAGUAGAUUCUCAUCCUUAUACAUAUCCAAAAUGUGGUACUCCAGGAUUUGUAGCUCCAGAAAUUUUAGAAUAAGAUUCAGAUUAAGCUAAAUAUUCAGUUCUUUGUGAUAUUUUUAGUGCUGGAGUGAUUUUAUAUGUUCUGUAAAUAUGAUAUUGAGAUAUUAGAUUGAUUGGUGAACCAUUAUUUGAAAAGAAGGAUAGAAAGGAAUAAUUAGAAUUUAAUAGAAAAUGUGAUAUAAAUUUCAGUAAGUUUAGUCAUGAUCAAUUAAAUGAUAUUGAAAAAGAUUUCUUAAUUAAGAUGUUAUCAAAGAAUCCUGAAUUUAGAUGGUCAGCAAAUAGUUUAUUAAAACAUAAAUUUUUUGUUUCUGAUGAUUAGAUAGAGAGUGAAAUAGAUUUCUAUAAACUCAAUAAUAUGGCCAUGUAUGAUAAGCAUAAGAUAUUAGUUUGAAGAAAUCCAUGAUGCCAACAUUUCUUAAAAAUCCAUUUAUGUAGAAUAAUAUUAAGAAUUAAAAUACAACAAGAGAUAAAUCAAUAUCUCUCAUUAAUAGAUAAAGAAAUUGCACUUUAGUUAUGCAAACUAAUUUAAGAUUUGAUAAAUCCUCAUAAGAAUAGUUGAAUAUUGAUUAAGUAGUUGGAAUAGGUUCCUUUGGAUUUUUUAAAGAUGAAAUUAACUAAACCAACUUUUGA